AUGGCUCCUGGAGUCCUAUCCCCCGAGAAAACACAUACGACAAAUGCUGUAUCAACUAGCCUAAAAGAAAAUUCUGGGUCUAAAUCUCAGGGAACCCAAGAGCAUGACUUGGUUCUCAAAACCUUUCGACUGCUCAUCAGCGAUCUCUGUCAGCAAUUCAAUGGCGGCCAUCCAGGCGGCGCCAUUGGUAUGGCUGCCAUCGGAAUUGCUCUGUGGAAAUAUGUGAUGAGAUACGCGCCCCUUCAACCAGAAUUCUUCAACCGAGACCGAUUCGUGCUCUCAAAUGGCCACACCUGCCUCUUUCAAUACACUUUUCUCCAUUUGGCGGGAUAUCGCGAUAUGACAAUGGAUCAACUCAAGUCAUAUCACUCAAAACGCUGGGACUCCAUCUGUCCCGGCCAUCCAGAAAUCGAGAUUGAAGGCAUUGAAGUGACAACAGGGCCUUUGGGGCAAGGAGUGGCCAAUGCCGUUGGCCUCGCGAUGGCGACAAAGAAUCUUGCGGCAACGUAUAAUCGACCCGGAUUUGAUGUUGUAUCGAACCACACAUGGUGCAUGAUUGGCGAUGCUUGCCUGCAAGAGGGCGUGGCACUGGAGGCCAUCUCUUUCGCAGGGCAUCUCAAGCUAAACAACUUGACAAUUAUAUAUGACAACAACCAAAUCACUUGUGAUGGUUCAGUCGAUCUGACCAAUACCGAAAAUGUCAACGCUAAGAUGAUGGCGUGCGGCUGGGAUGUGAUAGAUGUCGAAGAUGGAUGCUACGAUGUAGACGCCAUUGUGGCCGCAUUAGAAAAGGCACGAGCCUCGGCGGACAAGCCAACAUUUAUCAACGUCAGAACAAUCAUCGGAUUAGACAGCUCUGUUGCCGGACAAGCGGAAGCUCAUGGAGCUGCUUUCGGUGCUGACGACGUCAAGCGGAUGAAGCGAUCAUACGGCUUCAAUGAGGACGAGUACUUUGUCGUUAGGGACGAGGUCCGCCGAUUCUUCUCGGAUCUACCUAGCCGUGGAGAGCAGAUUGUAUCACAGUGGAAUGAUCUCGUGGGGAAAUAUUCGGAUGCUCAUCCUCUACUUGCCGAGGAGUUUCAACGACGUCGGAGUGGAAAGCUUCCAUCUGACUGGAAGAAUCUGGUACCCAGCCCUGACAACCUUUCCGACAAACCACUGGCGACAAGAGCGUCGUCUGGCCUGAUGAUCAAUCCUCUUGCCAAGGACAUCAAUUCUUUUAUGGUAGGCACGGCGGAUCUCUCCCCAUCUGUGCAUAUGGCGUGGGAUGGCAAACAAGAUUUUCAACACCCUGAUCUGCGGACGACUUGCGGUAUCAACGGUUCUUAUGCCGGUCGGUAUAUUCACUACGGCGUGCGAGAGCAUGCCAUGUGUGCCGUCUCGAACGGCAUGGCGGCUUUUGCUCCUGGUACUCUUAUCCCAAUUACCAGUUCGUUCUUCAUGUUCUAUCUAUAUGCAGCACCGGCUGUAAGAAUGGGUGCUUUACAACGACUCAAGGUAAUCCAUGCAGCGACUCACGAUACCAUCGGGAUGGGAGAAGACGGCCCAACUCACCAACCCAUCGAGUUGGCGGCACUCUUUCGAGCCAUGCCAAACUUGCUAUAUAUCCGCCCUGCAGAUAGUGAAGAAACGGCCGGCGCCUGGAUUGCCGCCAUCGAAGUCCAAGAUGCGUCUUCAAUCAUUUCUACUUCGCGGCACAAAGUGCCACAGCUCAAACAGACACGCCGAGAUGGCGUUGCAAAGGGCGCUUAUGUGAUUCAAGAAGAUGACGAUGCGCAACUCACGCUCAUUGGUGUCGGCGCAGAACUGUCGCACGUCUUAGAGGCCGCCGUCGUGCUGCGAGAGACAAAGGGCAUUCGAAGCAGAGUAGUCAGUUUCCCGUGUCAGAGGUUGUUUGAGGGCCAAUCUUUGGAUUACAAGAGGGACACUUUACGAAGACACCGCAACAUCCCAGCAGUUGUGGUAGAGCCAUAUGCACCUAACGGUUGGGAAAGUCUCCCAGGUCCUGAGGCGUACAAGUAUUUUGGCUUCGACGUGGAUAGUAUUGUGCUCAAGGUGUCGGAUUAUCUGAUGAGAAUCAGUUAUGAUGAAUUUCUGAAACGAGAAUUUCUCGACUUGUAG